AUGUCCAGCUUUGUGAGCCCGCGGACAUUAUUGUUGAUUCAGGAUGAGUGCUACAAGCAUCGGUACAUCCGCAGCAAGGACGAUUCGUUCAUCGUGGAGCGCCCACAGCGACUACGCGCCCUCAAAGUCGGAUUCUCCGCGGCAAUCUCGCGCCUAGAAGAACUUGUACAGUCAAGAAAGUCCAUCAAGUCUGUGCCCUCCAGCCAAUUGGAUCCGGAGGCAGAACUGGCAAAUGCACUCGAUACGCUGUCCUUGUCAUCUAAAAUGGUCCACUCCAUUACGGAUAUCUGCGAUGUAUAUCCCACCAUCCAGUUUCUCUUCAACGCCGAAGGUGGAUUCGGCAGCCUCGAGCACCUGGACCGACUCGCAAAGUGGGCGAGGGAGAGUGAGGAGCGCAUCAAGCGGGGUGAAUGCGAGAUCCCUACUGGCUUUCCCCAAAAUGACCUCUACAUGUGUCCUAAGUCCUACCGUGCGAUAUGUGGUGCCGUAGAUACAGUCCGAGAGGCAGUCGACCGGGCCAUGCGUGCAGACGAGAAUGGGACCAGGACCGUGUUUGCUGCUAUUAGACCACCAGGUCAUCAUUGUAGCGAGGACAUACCGAGCGGAUUUUGCUUUGUCAAUAAUGUUGCCAUCGGCGCUGCGCAUGCACACCUCAAGCACAAAGUCAAGCGCGUAAUCAUAUUCGACAUCGACUUACAUCACGGAAACGGCACUCAGGCGAUUGCCUGGUCUAUCAACGCCGAAACGCAUCGACGACGUCUCGCCCAAUUAGCUUCGCAGCAAAUGCAAGCAUCUGGCGCAGAGACUUCUAGUCUCCCUCUUCUUGCACCACCUGGACUUCAGAUCUUCUAUGCAUCGCUUCACGAUAUUCUCUCGUUUCCCUGUGAGGAUGGUGACCCAGCAUUAGUACGCGACGCCUCUGUGAGCAUAUCUGGGCUACACGGGCAGUUUAUCGAAAAUGUCCACCUUCAACCUUACACCACACAUCAAGACUUUUGGGAGCGACUCUACCCACAGUACCGCAAACUCUUCUCCAAGGCACUCGAGUUUCUGCAACUUGAUUCGAGUGACACGAAUGUUCCCGUCUUUAUCAGCUGCGGCUUUGACGCUUCGGAGCUCGAGUACGAGAGCAUGUCGAGACAUGGUCGAAAGGUGCCUGUCGGUUUCUACUAUAAAUUCACAAAGGACGCCAAAGAGUUUGCGUUGAAGCAUGCAAACGGAAGGGUCAUCAGUGUCCUCGAAGGAGGAUAUAGCGAUCAAACUCUGAUGGCGGGCGGAAUGGCCCACCUUGUCGGAUUGGUCGAAAACGGCGAAGGAACGCUAAGUGGUCCCGAAGAGUGGUGGAGCGAGAAUAAUCUCGAACUGCUUGAAAAGGCGAGCAAGAAGCGAAAGGGCCGUCAAUCCAUGGGAACGAUAAACGAACCGUGGUUGGAGCGCGCUAUUGAAAUUCUGGCAGCACUGGAUCCGUAUAAUGGCCAAGCCCCCCCGUCGCCGACCGGUUCGCGCAAACCAGUCGUCGUCGCGGACAAGUCAUUUCCUAAUGCUGGAAAGGUUCUUCGGGACCGCAAGAAACCAAAGACACCUCCGGAUGCGUCGGGCACUCUUCCUGUUCCAACAACGUCGUCCACGGCCGCUCGCCCGAGGAAAAGCAAUUCGAGCGCUCCAUCACCCCGUGCCAAAGACAAGAUUCGAGCAGAGACACAUCCACAUCACGAGGCCAAAGUACCUUUAUCACGACGCUCGCCCCCUAUAGAAAGCGAUGGUCCAAUAGGUGGGACCAAGGACGCCGGUUCGGUCGCGACCGCACCCACCGCUGCUCACUCUAUAGCGGGUGAAGGUGGAGCGAACGCUGGGGACGCUCGCCAAGGGGAAGACCCUGCUCCAAACGGACUUGGGGUCGAAAGUGAGCCGCCUCCGCGUAAGCUGCCACGGUUGAUCCUGCGUGUUCGUGAGCCGGGAACAUAG